UUGCUUCUGUUUCAAAACAACCAGAGAUUUUCCCAAAUAAAACAAUAAUAAUUAAAUCAUUAAAUAAUCUUCAAUAUUAAAUUAUAUUUCUAAAAAGAGAAGAGGCUGUGGACUUUGUGAAGCAGAGAUUUUUUUUUAUAUUUAUUUUUUUAUUUUUCCCAAGUGGUUUGUUCUCAGAAUAAAUCAUAGCACUGCAAUGACCCUUACCCAACAUCAACAACAACUAUUUCUCUUCCUCAUUUUAUUUUCUUCUCAGUGCCUUUGGCCUUUCUAAUGUGGUCCUUAAACAUAAUUUGUGAUUCCCUCCACUAUUUCCCUUUGACAUGUGGACAUUAGUUAAGCAUACACCCAAUUGUAAAUUAGGGUUGGAUAUGGAGUAGUUUGAUACAGUGAUGCAUAUCCACAGAAAUUUGAGUAAAGCUGUAUGCUGUGCGGUAGACUUUUACUAUGGAGUUAAAUGCAAGUUAUGACGUUGAGCAUUCAUAUUCUAUGCAAAGAAUGCAGCAUGAGCUGUGGCCCUUAGAUCAGAUUGAUCCAAAGAAGGCAAAGUUUCCAUGUUGCUUGGUUUGGAAUCCACUUCCUGUUGUCUCAUGGUUGGCACCCUUCAUUGGUCAUCUUGGCAUUUGCAGGGAGGAUGGAGUUGUUUUAGAUUUUUCAGGAUCAUAUCUUGUGAAUAUUGAUGAUUUUGCAUUUGGUCCAGUAGCGAGAUACUUGCAACUUGAUCGUAGUCAGAUGUUACAGUGUUGCCUCCCCCCCAACCUAUCUGCGCACACAUGCAAGCAUGGUUACCAGCAUUCCGAGUAUGGCACUGCAAUCACAUGGGACGAUGCCUUGCAAUCGAGUUUGCGGUAUUUUGAGAACAAAACUCACAACCUUUUCACUUGCAACUGCCACUCAUUCGUUGCAAACUGUCUGAAUCGGUUAUGUUAUGGUGGAUCAAUGAGUUGGAACAUGGUAAAUGUAGGAGCUUUGAUCCUAUUCAAGGGGCACUGGGUUGACUUCAAGUCAAUUUUAAGGUCUUUCUUGCCUUUUGUUGUGGUUGUUUGCUUAGGUGUUUUCAUGGUUGGGUGGCCUUUCUUACUUGGGUUAUUAUCCUUCUCUUUUCUCUUAUUGGGGUGGUUUCUAUUGGGUACUUACCUAGUUAGAAACCUGUUAGAGUGCUAGAUAUGGUCUCUUGAAUUGAAGGUUGGUCAUGAUUUAUCUUUCAUCUUCACCAAUUAACAGGUUUACAUGUUGUUAUUGGAACAAGAAAUAGUUCUCUCUUAUGAAAAGUUACUGAAAUAGCUUCGGUUUCCCUCACCUUGAAAGUGUACUUGUUCAUUAUGCAAUAGUGUUGCCUAGUUGUUGGUGAAACUGUUUUGCAACUUGAAUUCCAUAGGGAAGCUGUUAUGAGUUGCACAUUCUCAAUUUUCUUUCUAACAUUGAGAUGAAAAGAUGGGCAGAAUCUCAUGAAAAAUUAGUUUGGGAAUGUGAAAUUUUUUC